UUUAAAUAGAUUCAUAAGAUUUAGAUUCUAGUCUAGACGCUAGAUCUUGAGGGUAGUAUGGUCACUAGGUUGGCUGACUAGAUCUAGACAUUCUAGUUAUGUCCGGUGGUAGUGUGCACUGUGUGGACAGACAAUCAUUACAGUGAUACAUUUUUACAAAACAAGGAUGGUCAAUGAGAAAUUUAAAAGUUUGUUUUGGUCGUACUUCUCGCCAACUGAGCCUAAUCGAGCCAAAUGUAACGUUUGUUACUUAGAAUUCUCUUAUGCUGGUGGCUCAACAAGUAAUCUGGCAAGGCACCUGAGAACAAAACACCCAGAAAUAAACCUAAAUUCUCAAUCUGAAUACCGGUACCAGGAAAGCCAGGCAGCAACAAUAAUAAUUACUACCCAGACAUCUAGUGAUGGGGAAUGUAUAGCUACCAUUGAGCCGUUUAAUAUCAUACCUAAGGAAGUCGUAAAAGAAGAAUGUCUAGCAGAUAAUCACACAGACUAUGAUGACGGUGAUCAGAGAAUAAGUUCCAUUGAAGAAGUCGUGAAAGAAGAAGGUCUGGCAGAUAACCAUGUGCAUCUUGAGGACAGUGAUCAGAGAAUAAGUUCCCUUGAAGACCAAGAUCAAAGUCAAACUGAGAAUGUCAGACAUUUACGAAAGCGGAGCUUGUGCUGGUCCAUAUUCAAAAAGCUCGACAGCGGGAAAGUGUUGUGUAGUUACUGCAAUAAAGUUUUAGCUUUGCCAAAUGGAAAUACUAGCAAUUUGAAAAGACAUGUCCGGUUGAAGCACCCUGGAGUUCACUUUAGUCUUCAGGCAGAAGAAAUUGAAAGGAGAAAAACACUAAGACCAAUAACGAGGCCAAGAUUUGACAGGGUUUCAAAAAGCUCCAUUUCUUACUUUUCAGUCACAGAAGAGUCUCAAAUGCCACAAGAUAUGCUGCGAUUAAUGGAGGAAACACGAGAGAAGUUAGGGUUUGUUCCCAAUGUCUAUCAAGCACUAUCCCACAGACCGAAUGAAAUGCGAGCCUAUGUUACAUAUUAUGAAACUCUUAUGGAAGAAAGAAUGGGCAGCCACCUCAGUCAAAGUGACAAAGAGAUGAUUAGUAUAGCGGUCAGUGCUGCAAACAAGUGUACCUACUUCAUUAUAGCACACAGCGCCUACUUCCGUCUUUGUUCUCAUAAUAGGAUAUUAGCUGACCAGAUCGCUGCCAACUGGGAGACAGCAGACCUUGAUGACAGACAAAAAUCUAUCCUUCAGUUUGCCAUGAAACUGACCAAAUGUGAGCAGUUGACAGAACGAGACUUUGGGAACCUACAGAACUAUGGCCUAGAUAGAGAAGAUGCCUGGGACAUUGGGGCCCUGGUCAGUUUCUGCUCCCUGUCCAACAGAAUGGCCUUCCUGGCCAACAUGAUGCCAAACGAGGAGUUCUACACCUUAGGAAGAGAGUCGCAGUCAGAAAACUGACCUACUUUUUGUUGACUUUUAUUUAGAGUUUUAUCUAAAUAAAUUUGUUGAUUUUUAA